AUGGCGCUUCAAAGUGUUACAGUCAAGCCUUCUGAAAACGAUGCUUCGUGUGUUGAAUGGUGUAGGAAAGUCUUAGAAGCACAAACGAUCAUAGGCAUAAACGUUGUUGAAAGUAUAGCAUUGAAAAUAUGUGUAUGCAAAACUGCUUCGGAAAUGCUCGAACGUCUGGAAACGCUGUAUGGUAAAAGGUCUCAAUCGACCAAAGAUGAACUACACAUGCAAUUCUUCGCUUAUAAAUACGAUUAUAAUAAAACUGCAAUCGACAACUGUCUUGCCAUAGAUGGGUUAGCGCAAGAGCUGGGUGCUAUUGGUGCAAAAAUAAAAGAUGAUUGGAUUAUCUCUCGAAUUUUGAAUAGUCUACCAGAAAGGUUUAUUCACUUCCAUUCUGCCUGGGAUUCGACAGUAUCAACUGAUAAAACAAUUUCAAAAUUAAUGGCGCGACUUCAACAAGAAGAACAACGUAUAAAAUUGAGAGACGGCAAUUCAGUAGAAAGUGCAUUAAUUUCUAAAGGCAAAAAUAACAAGCUCUAUAAUAAAACGCAUCACAAGAAAAAUUUAUCACAAUGGAAAGGAAAUCAGAAUCAGUCAUUAAGCAAUUACAACAAUAAAUGUUUUAAAUGUGGCAAAGUUGGACAUCAGAAAAGUCAGUGUCAUGGAAAGCCGUGUCAAGAGUAUUUGGAUUAUUGUAAAAGAAACUAUAAAUGUAAUAAUUGUCAGGAAGUUGGCCAUUUUAUAAAAGAGUGUCCUAAAUUGCAAAAGGAAGAUGUAAAAGCUUUCAUAUUAAUUGCCUUGUCCGCAACGGAAAUAGAACAAAUAUCAGAUGAUCAUAAAUCAUGA